AUGGCGUGCGCCGCGGCGCCGUCCGCCGCCGCGCGCGCUCGUGCUCACGCGCGCGCGAGCCGUCCUCGCCCCUCGCGCGCGUCGUCCGCGCGACCGGCGACGCGUCGCGGUCGCGAUCUCGCGUCGGCACCCUCCCCGUCGUCGUCGGCACCGAUGCUGGAUCGCCGCCGUCCGCGCGACGCGCGGACCCGCGCGCUCGCCCUCGCGAACGCUGACCCCACGCUCGCGAUCCUCGCCUCGUGCGCGCUCGCCGCGAGCGUCGCGGAGCGCAGAACGACCUGGGGCGCCUCCGUCUCCUCCCCGCUCCUCGCCAUGGGGCUCGGGAUGUCGCUCGCGACGUGCGGCGUCUUACCCCCCGUCUCCUCCCAGUACGACCUCGUCUGGACGCUCCUCAUGCCCCUCGCCGUCGCGCUGACGCUCCUCGGCGUGAACGUCCGCGACGCCGCGUCGAAAGCCGGGCCGGUGCUGCGCGCGUUCGUCGUCGGCGCGGUCGGCUCCGUCCUCGGCGCGGUCGUCGCGUUCGCGGUCGUCGGGGCCGGGAUGGGGGAACACGCGUGGCGGUUGGCGUCGUGCCUGUGCGCGUCGUACGUCGGGGGUUCGCUGAAUUACGCGGCGACCGCGCAGGCGUUAGGGCUGAGCGGGAGCGCCGCGGGGCAGGCCGCGCUCGCCGCGGGGAUGGCUGCGGAUAACCUCGCGAUGGCGGGGUUCUUGGCCGUCAUCGGCGCGGUCCCGGCGGCGGCGGCGGCGGCGGGGGAGGACGACGGCGGCGGCGCCGGCGGCGACGCGCUGGACGACGCGACGCGCUCGAAAGCCACGCCGGCGACGAUCGCGGCGGCGUUGACGUGCGCGCUCCUCUUGAUCGAAGGAGGGAAAGCGAUCGCGGCGAUGAUCGGGUACCCGGGCGCGGCGCUCGGGGUCACCGGCGUCCUCGCGCCCGCGUUCGCCGCAGCGGCGGCGGCGGCGACGUCGAACGCGACGAAAAUAGGCGGCGGCGGCGGCGGCCUCUUCCGCGGCGGCGACGUCAUCGGCGGCGCCCUCAUGCUCGUGUUCUUCGCCGCCCUCGGCGCGGCCGCGGACCCGCGCGUCGCCGUCGCCGCCGGCGGCCCGACGCUCGCGUUCAUCGCGAUACAGCUGUGUGUGCAUCUGGCGACGUGCUUCGUCGUCGGAUGGAAAAUCCUCCAGCUCCCGACGUGGGCGAUACUGACCGCGUCGAACGCGAACGUGGGCGGGCCCGCGACGGCGGCGGCGACGGCGGCGGCGCGCGGGUGGUCCAGCGCGACGCAGCCCGCGGUGAUCGUGGGGACGAUCGGGUACGCGAUAGGCACGCCGUUAGGGUUAUUCGUCGGGCAGCUGCUACGCGUCGCGUACGGGUUGAGUUGA